CUUCGAUGCUUUUUUCUUUAUUUAUUUAUUUAUUUUUUAACAAAGGACAAAUUGUGUUCUCUUCAACCCCGCGCUUGGUUUUUACGGCAAAAGUGUGUUGACUGAUACGUUUACCCAACAUUCUACGCUAGCCUUAUCUGCUGUUCUUGCCUUCAUCUCCGAUUUCUUCCUAUUCAAAGCUGUAGAAUUUCAGGUAUCUUCAAUCACACACACUCUCUCUAGAGUUUGGCUUUGAUUUCUCAGUGGGUGUGUUUGGGUUGGUGUUCUUGUUCCAUGGAUGAAACAAUUGGACCUAGGUUGUACAGCUGCUACAAGUGUAAAAAUCAUGUUUCUGUUCAUGAUGAUAUAAUCUCAAAGGACUUCCAGGGAAGGAAUGGAAGAGCAUUUCUAUUCUCUCACGUGAUGAAUAUUCGAGUUGGGACGAAAGAAGACAGACAUCUCACGACUGGUCUUCACACAGUUGCUGAUAUAUUCUGUGCAGAUUGCCACGAGUUGGUAGGGUGGAAGUAUGAACGAGCAUACGAGCCAACACAGAAGUACAAGGAAGGGAAGUUCAUACUCGAGAAGUCAAAAAUCGUUAAAGAGAAUUGGUAGCCCCACUCCCAACCGCUCGUUAAGAUAUUACCACAGAUCAGUGUAAGUGUAAUUAUAUAUAAUCUCCCGGGUGUGCAGUCCAUAUAGAAAACGCUAUAAGAAAUUGGUUGAUAUUUGAAUCGAAGGCUUCUUUCAUCUGUCAUUCCUUCUCUAUUAUACCGCACUGUAUGUACUCGAGGGAAACCUACAGCCACUGCCCGAGGAUGUGGACUGGGUAAACCUCGCCUUAUAUAGUUGUAUCUCACUGUAUGUAUGGAUGUGUGUAUGUAUAAGUACUAAACAUCAAUGUUUCAGGCAUUUCCCUUUACACUGUUU